AUGAUUCCACCUCCCAUUGUACAAAGCAUCUAUCAUGCGCCCCAGAGAGCUCCGACCGAGACGACGGUCGUGGAACGAGACCCGCAGGCCGAUGACAGGCAAGUUGAGCUCGAGGCGGACCUCCAGUUCUUGCUGGAUGCACAGGCAGAUGGGUUGAUCCGAGGACUGGGUGGAGGUGAAGGGGAAACUGGGGAUCGGAGUUCUGCUGGAAGUACAACGCCGACUAUGCAGAGUAUACGCAGUACAUCGACUAGAAGGAUGCGUAAGCCACUUCUGCGUCAACCUGGGCUGCGUAGCGCACGCAAAGGGAUAUACAAGACUAUUGUUGCACUGGCAAGUUUAAAGGACGAGGAGCUUCGCGACAUUGACGCAGAACUACGUGGGAAUCAACAGACGCUGGAGCAGAUCGAUGGCUGGGAAACAAAGCACAAAGGCCUGCGUGAAGCCUCGCACCGCGUUGACGGCAAUGAAGAGACUAUCAGGAUCCAGAGGUUGCGUUCCGAGGCGGACUCGGUGCAGGAAGAGAUUCUCAAGGUCGAGCUACAGCUUGCGGAGAUGAGAACGAAGCACCGAAAACUCCUCAAGCAGGCAGCUGCGAUUGAGAAUUCGGUGCAGGCCAAAAUGGCCUCGUAUACUUCGAGUCUACGUAUGCUUGAGGAGGACAUACAGAAAUUCCUCAACUUCAAACCGAGCGACGAAGCCGAGCGUCCAACUUCGCGCGAAGGUAAGUCGUUUGUAUGGCAGCUCCCGCCCAAUCGACGAAACCUCGGAAUGGCAAAGGAGUAUUGGUCCGAGCAACACGAGUAUUAUGUGCAUCAGCGCAAGAGAACUGAACAUGAGAAAGUGGCCUUGGUUGAGGGAGCUUCAAUAUGGCAGGAGAGUGUGACCGAGAUUACCGACUUCGAAAAGCGACUUCGCGCAGAGAUGGCGGCAUUGGCACCAUCACUCACGGAAUCGCAUUCUGCCUGGGAAGAGCCGCCGACCAGCACCGCCUCCGAGCGACUUGCGGUGCUCAUCAAGCAAAUAGACGACCUUACCUUAUCUUUACAGGGAAAACUUCAAACCUCCCAGGAGCGCAAUUGGAAAUUGCUCAUCGUGGCCAUUGGCGCAGAGUUAGAUGCUUUGGAGAGGGGAAAGGAGAUACUUUCAGGUGUUCUCCACGACACCGAUGGGGACCACGACACAAAGGAGCCCACUAACAACUUGGAUGCAAUUGACAAUGGCGGAGAACUCAUCGACCAAUUGGACAAGAGUUUCAUGACGGCGCAAGGCAAUGCUGGAGAGCCUUCGGACGCAGAGGAUGACGAUCAUCCUAAUCCCGAGCUUCUGUUUUCUAAACAGGAAGAUACAGACACGGACUAG